AUGACUGUGAUGAAAAUUAUGUGGAAAACAAUAUUUCCAAGCUGUUACAAGGCUGAAGAUACUGAAUACUCUUCCGCCAAAGAAACAACAAAAGUGGUUGCUACAAAGACAAAUUCUUUCAACAGAAUCUCUCUCACGGAUCUGAGUUUUCCAAGUGCUACAACACUUUCAGAAGAUCUUUCAAUUUCUUUAGCUGGUUCUAAUCUCUAUGUUUUCACACUUGCUGAGCUCAAGAUUAUUACUCAGGGUUUCUCUUCAACGAAUUUUCUUGGUGAAGGAGGGUUUGGUCCUGUUCAUAAAGGUUUCAUUGAUGAUAAGGUUAGGCAUGGACUUGAACCUCAACCUGUGGCUGUUAAGCUCCUAGAUUUGGAUGGCUCUCAGGGUCAUAAAGAAUGGCUGACUGAGGUUGUGUUUCUUGGUCAAUUGAGACAUGAACACCUUGUUAAGCUGAUUGGAUAUUGUUGUGAAGAAGAACAUAGGCUUUUGGUUUAUGAGUAUUUACCUAGAGGAAGUUUGGAAAAUCAACUAUUUAGAAGAUAUUCAGCAUCAUUACCAUGGUCAACAAGAAUGAAAAUUGCUGUUGGAGCUGCAAAAGGUCUAGCCUUUUUACAUGAUGCAAAGAAACCAGUCAUCUAUAGAGAUUUCAAAGCCUCAAACAUCUUAUUAGACUCAGACUAUAAUGCAAAACUCUCUGAUUUUGGCUUGGCUAAAGAUGGUCCUGAAGGUGAUGACACACAUGUGUCAACUAGAGUUAUGGGUACUCAAGGUUACGCCGCACCCGAAUAUAUCAUGACAGGACAUUUGACAGCAAUGAGUGAUGUGUAUAGUUUUGGAGUUGUCCUAUUGGAGCUACUAACAGGAAGAAGAUCCGUGGACAAGGCACGUCCACCACGAGAACACAAUCUAGUGGAAUGGGCGAGACCAGUUUUAAACGACGCUCGAAAACUCACCAGAAUAAUGGAUCCAAGGCUUGAAGGACAGUACUCAGAAAUGGGAGCAAGAAAAGCAGCUGCAUUAGCUUAUCAAUGUCUUAGCCAUAGACCAAGAAACCGGCCUACAAUGUCUACCGUAGUGAACACUCUUGAACCUCUUCAAGAUUUCGACGAUGUACCAAUAGGUCCAUUUGUUUACACAGCUCCGAGUGAUGUUAGUAACAAUGAAGUGAAGAACGAGAAUAACAACAUGGAUACACCAAAAGAGAGAAAAAGAGAAAGUACUCAUCAUCAUCAUCAACGUAGAAAUCAACAUGAGAAAGAUAGUGAAGAAUAUUAUGAAAAUCCGAAAGAGAAAAGAAGGGAAAGUAGUGAGAAUCAUAGAAGACAUCAUCAUCAUCAUCGUCAGAAUGGACAUAGGCAUCCAUUAAAGUCACCAAAAGAACAAAGACAUGUACACCAAAGUGGGUCACACUCACCGGAUACAUCCAUUACAUCAGAAAGCCAAGGAAAUUAA